AUGACACGUGCUGGCACAAUCACACCUGAUGACCGCAAAGUACACGUUACACAAACUGUUUCAACAAUAUUUCAAUUCAGGGCGAUUGAUUGGGGCAUGGAAAUUUGUGAAUUGCAUGUCACCCUGCCGCCCAUGGACCGCCCAACUACACUUGCCUUGUACCGCCUCAACGCCACUGUACCAGUUGAUACUUCAAUUUUGUCGUAUAACGUCCGACCGCCACGGGUCGCAAAACUUAGUAACAUUGUGCCAGGGAAAGACGGCCUGGACUGGCACAGGAAACUUUCUUGUGCGAUGGAUGACGUCCUUGUCUUUGAGUUGGGAUGCUCGGAGGACGAAUUAAACGGUAGCUGCGAUAUAGAAUGGUGGCAGGCUCAAGACGAGACUGCGUCGGGUUAG